GCAGUCCAGAGCGGACCUCAACUUCGUAGACUUGCCACAAUUCCCACAGGAUGUACCCACGGCGCCACUCCUCCGAAUAAGUCUAAAAAGUAUGAAGUCGACGUCGACGGCGAACGACUGCUCAUAGACGCUGAAGAUCUGUUCAGAGUCGGCAGAAGUGUGUUUGACCUGCCUGUUGAGGAGAAGGUCAAGUACGAUCUGAAGGACCAAGGAAGCUAUUUUGGCUAUAAAGGAUAUGGCCAAGGUGUCAUCGAUGCCGCAGGAACAAAGGAUCGAAACGAAUUCUACAAUGUAGGAUAUUUCAGAAUGNUCUCGAAAGACGACAUCCUAGGACUCGCGGAACCACUGCCUGCUCCCGAACUGCUUAAUCCACACCGCGACUUGUUAAAGUCUUUCAUGCAACAAUCUCACGCACUCGUGGACCUACUGUUGGGUCUGCUGAACCAUCAAUUGAAUCUCCCACACGACAAGCUGGCAUCUCUGCAUAGAAUGGACUCAGUUUCCGGUGAUCAGGUUCGCUGGGUCCACGCGCCAUCCCAACCGAUGGACGACCGGAGAACUGCACUGGGGCAGCAUACCGACUUUGGGAGCGUCACGGUCUUGUUCAAUCGGCUGGGAGGACUCCAGGUAUUGCCGCCAAACACAGACGAAUGGUGUUAUGUGAAGCCACUAAGAGGACAUGCGGUCAUCAACCUAGGCGAUGCAAUGGUGAAGCUCACCGCCGGAAUUUUGCGCUCAAACAUCCAUCGUGUUGUCAACCCUCCGGGCCAGCAAGCCAAUCAUGCACGAAUGAGCUUGGUAUACUUUGCCAGGCCAGCGGACGACGUUGUCCUGAAAGCGCUGGAUGGAAGCACCCUCAUUGACCAGAAAAGACAACAGAGUCCAGAUGAUCUUGACGAAGAAGAGAUCACAAGCAAAGAAUGGAUAUUACGCAGAGCAUUGGGCCGAAGACAAGGAGGAGAUUGGACGAAGGCUGGUGGAACAGAGAGUGGACGCGUC